CUUACAACCCUUAGGUCAAGAGUCACACACUCUACCAACUGAUCCAGACAGGUCCCCCAAUGGAAUUGUUUUCUUUAUUUCCUUUACAUAGUGUUGAUUACUGUCUCACAGAAAUACAACUGGUUUUUCUGCAUAGAUUUGUAUCCUACAAUUUUGCUGAAUUUGUUUAUUAGCUCUAACAGUUUGUGUGUAUGUUUUCUACACACAUACAAGAUCAUGUAAUCUGUGAACAGAUAAUUGUACCUUUUCCUUUCUAAUUCAGAUGGCUUUUCUUUUACUUUCUUGCCUGUUUUCUCUGGCUAGAUCCUUCAGUCUACGUUGAAUACAAGUAGUGAAAGUGGGCAUCCUUGUCUUGUUCCUGAUUUGGGGACAAAAGCUUUCAUUCUGUUACUGUUGAGUUUGAUGUUAGGUGUUAAGUUGUUUAUAUAGGGCCUUUAUCAUAUUGAGGAAAUUCCUUUCUAUUCCUAUUUUAUUAAGUGUUUUUAUCAUGAAAGGGUGCUGGAAGGGUAGUAGAUUUUGUCAUAUGCUUUUUUUGCAUCAAUUGAUAUGAUGAUGUUCUUUUACCUUCUUUCUAUUCAUGCAGUGUAUUAUAUCGAUUGACUUUUGUAUGUUAAUUACCUUUACAUGUGUAGGAUAAUUCUCACUUUUUCAUAUAAUACACCGUAUAUGUACAUAUAUGUAUAAAAUGCUGUGGGAUUUGGUCUGCUAAUAUUUUGUUGACAAUUUCUCCAUCUAUGUUUAUAAGAGAUAUUAGUCUUUAGUGUCUUGUUUUUUGGUUUUGAGUUUUUUGCCUUGUGAUGUCUUUGGCUUCAUUAUCAGGCAUAAUGUUGGUCUCACAAAAUGAGUUAGAAAGUACUUCUACCUUUUUAUUUUUGUGGAACAAGUUGAGAAGAAUUGGUGGUGUCAAUUCUUUAAGUAUUUGGUAGAGUUCACUAGUAAAGCCAUCUGGUCCUGGACUUUUGUCCAGGGAAGUUUGGGAAGUUUUUGAUUACAGAUUCAAUCUUACUUGUUAUAGGUCUAUUUAGAUUUUCAGUUUCUUUUUGAGUCAAUUUUUGUAGUUUACAUGACAUGUAAUUUGUUCAUUUCAUCUAAGUUUAUCCAAUUUAUUGGUGUGUAGUGUUCAUAUUAUUCUUAUUUAAAAAGGACUUAUUCUUAUAUAAAAAGGACUUAUACAGUACUUCUAUAGUCUUAUAAGAUAUGUAAUAUCCUCUCUUGUUUCUGUUUUUAGUAAUUGGGAUCUUGUCAAUUUUGUUGAUCUUUUCAGAGAACUAAUGUUAAAUUUAAUUGAUUUUCCUCUUUUAUUUUUCUCUUCUUUAUUUCAUUUAUCUCCGCUCUGUUAUUUCUUUCUGCUUCCUUUGCAUUUAGUUUGCUUAUUGCUUUUUAAAAAAAAUUUUUUUUAAUGUCUAUUUUUGAGAGACAGAGUGUGAGCGGGGGAGAGGCAGAGAGAGAGGGAGACAUCGAAUCCAAAGCAGGCUCCAGCCUCCUAGGUGUUAGCAGAGAUCCCGAGGCGGGGCUCAAACCCACGAACCUCGAGAUCAUGACCUGAGCCAAAGUCAGGUGCUCAACCUGCUGAGCCACCGAGGUGUCCCAAGUUUGCUUAUUUUUUUAAGGUGUACAGUUAGGUUAUCAAUUUGAGAUUUUUUUUUAAUGCGGUUGUUUACAAGUAUAAAUUUCCCUUAGACCAUUGCUUUUGCUGCAUCAUAACUUUUGCUUGUGUUUUCAUUUUUAUUCAUCUGAGGGUAUUUUCUAGUAUCUCUUUAUUUUUUAUAUAGGAUUUUUCACAUUUCAAUAAGCUGGAAAAAUUUUUGCUGAUAGCUUUGAAAAGAGAAGCUGUAGGGGAGACAUAAGUCUUCAAGAAUUUGAAGGUUGUCAUAAUUAGGUUUGUUUUAAACAAUCUUAAAGUACAUGCCUAGGAAGGCAGGAAGAAAAUUGAACUUCUAAAGAAAUUUUUAACAGAUAUUCAAGUAGUUUCCUUAACAGGAACUGUUCUAGAAGUUCAUAGACCUUUUUUUUCUUUUUUUUUUUUUAAACAAAGAAAUGGUAAAUUGAAGUUUGCCAGGUUUUUAUUUUGCCAAGUAAAGAUAUUCUUUAAAAUGACAGAUAAAUAUUUCUAGGUACAACUUAAGUGUUUUGGUCACUGUUAUUGAGAGAGUUGCUAUUUGCUAUCCAAAAAUAACUUUAAAUUUUACCACAGUAAAAAAGUUAAUCAAGUGUUAGGCCAGAGAAAUUUUGAACAGUGAAAUAGCUCCCUAUUGCCUCUAGGAUAAAGUCCAGAUUUCUUAACAUGGCUAAUUUAAAGCCUUAGAUAUCUGACCUCUGCUUGCCUCUCAACAUCUCUGUUUUGGCUAGUAUAUGCUCUGGCCACACUACACUAUUGAGUAGUUCUCUAAAUGCUAAGUCCUCCUUUACCUCUGGGCAUUUCUUGUAGUGUUUCCACUGUGUCCUUGCCAGUUUUAGGAAUAAUGCAAGAGAGUGAAAGGAUUGUAAAACACCUGUUUCCUAUUUUAAUAGGGGUUACCGCUUCCUUUAUUUAAUACAGUACUUUAUAAUUCACCUUUGAGGCAGACAGGACUGUAGUUAAUAGUUUGUGUUGCUAUGUUAUUUGUUUUCUGUUUUUGGGGGGUUUUUUUGUUUUGUUUUUUACAGAUGAAAACAAAUAGUAUGUGAUCUUCUCAAAAUCAUACAGCUAGGAAGUGGAAGAGGCAGGACUCUGGUCUAUGUUUUGUUUUAGGUAUCCUGUUCUUCCUAAUUCUUAUGCAGUCAUCCACUGAUUCAGCAAAAAUUUAUUGUGUGCCUACUAAGCUAGGAAACAUACUAAGGAUACGAGGAUGAUAAAGGUGUUCCUUUUUUUUCCCGAGGGUAUAUAGUCUAGUGGAGAGAAAAUAAAAAGAAAUAUAAUACAGAUUUAUAAUGGAGUGUUAUUUGUAGUAUGCACAGGUUACUAGACAGUUGAAUCAGGUGAUUCUGAAGCUGAAUUUUCUCCAAAUAUAAAUUUGAAAUAGCUAUGAGUAGCUCAUAAACAAAGUAAAAAUUAAUGUAGCACAAAUUUAAUGUAUAGAAAUGCUGAAGAGAUGACUAAUAGAAAACGAAUAAUUUGGUAGGGAUCAGUGCUCUUCGUAUUAAAUGGGAUGAGACUCUUAAUGUGUAGAAUUUACUGGGAAGACUAAUUCAUUUAGUAGAAAAAUAUUGAGAGAUUUAUUUGGAGAAUACAGAGAUGUCUUGGAAAGAAAGCAACUGUUAGAUAUUGAGGAAGUCAAUUUACAAUUGAAGUAUGUUUAUAUACAUAAAUCCUGUUUCAGAACUCAUAUUCAAUGAUUUUGUUUUUACUCUUAAGGCCCAGUUCAAGUGUUAGCUCAUCUCUAUGCCUUUGCCGAUCUUCUCCAGAAAUAAUUAACUGCGAUCUAAUCUGUGCCACCAUAACAUAGUGUUGUGUAUACAUCUCUGCUAAGGCAUAUAUCACUAUGUGUUUAUGUGUUUUCUUCCCCUCUGGAUUAUGAACUUUGUGAAGGCAGGGAUUCUGUCCUUUUGAUGUUUGAAUCCGUUUUGUUUGAUCAUCAGGUCAUUGGCAUCCAGUAAAUAUAGAAAUGAAGAUAGAGAAGUAAUUUCAUUUUGAUUCUAAAUACUUGUCUCAACCUUAGAAGAAUUCUGUCCCCCAAAUGUAUUCUUUCAAUGUACUUAAUCGAUAAGGCCCCCUACAGCAGUACUCCCAACUUACGUUUCUGCCUUUAUUUUCUACUUUUCUUCCUUUGUUAUAUAUCCUCUGCAAUGGUCAUACUGUACUUACUUCCUUCAUGCUAUUUCUUUAUUCCUGAAUUCUUUGACCUUCCCUUCCAGUCCUUUUCUAAUAAGACUUCUUCAAAUGCUAACUGUUCCAAGAAGUUUUUCCUGAAUAACUUGCCAAAAAUGUCAUUUUUAUAAAUUAUCUUCUCGAUGAACCUGUGGACACAGUUACCAUAUUUUAUUCAAUAUGUACUGUGUUUUUCUCGUGCCAUUCCCCCCUUUUUCCUCCAUUUAAAUUCUGAACUUCCCAAGGGCGGAAACUUUUGCAGUUUCUACAGAGUUGCUUUGGAUAUAAUAGACAGUCCAUAAAUAUUUGCCUAAUUAAACAACAAGUUAAAACAAGCUUGAUGUGAUAUUUUCAUAAAGUUAGAAAAUGGUACAUUUACAGAAUAAAUUACAACACUAGAUCUUAAGAACUUAAAUGAGCCUUGUGUCAAUUGUAGAAUAAACUGUUCAAAUCAGAAAACAUGGCUUUAUUAGAUUUUUUGUGCAUUUUUUCAUAGUUCACCUUCAGUCUCCGUUUUUAUAACUAAGGUCGACUACUUACAUAUAUCUUAUCACAUAUGGAAUCUGUAUCUUCUUAGUAUAGUAUUGGUGUUUACAUUAUUAGAUGUUCCUCUUAUGUACUUACUUUUAGCAAAGCACAAGUAACGUGCUGAUAAUGUUCUGUUUACAUGUCUAAAUUCCCUCAGGUAUCAGUUACUACUUAUCAUCGAGUUUGUGUAGGUUGUUGUUUAUCCAUAAAUGUUUAUUGGAUGAGAAAAUGGCAAACUUGUUCUUUUUGUUUUUAAUGUUUUAUUUUUUUUUAAUUUUUUUUUAAUGUUUAUUUUUGACAGAGAGAGAGAGAGACAGAGCAUGAGCGGGGGAGGGGCAGAGAGAGAGGGAGACACAGAAUCCGAAGCAGGAUCCAGGCUCUGAGCUGUCAGCACAGAGCCUGACGCGGGGCUCGAACUCACAGACCGCAAGAUCAUGACCUGAGCUGAAGUUGGAUGUUCAACUGACUGAGCCACCCAGGCGCCCCUGUUUUAUUUAUUUUUGAGAGAGAGAGAGAGAGAGACAGAGCAUGAGCAGGGGAGGGGUAGAGAGAGAGGGAGAAACAGAAUCCAAAGCAGGCUCCAGGCUCUGAGCUGUCACCGUAGAGCCUGAUGUGGGGCUCGAACCCAUGAACCAUGAGAUCAUGGCCUGAGCCAAAGUCGGAUGCUUAACUGACUGAGCCACCCAGGUGCCCCCAGACUUGGUUUCUUAAUUAAAAUGUCUACUUCUCCCAUAUUUUUGUUAAGCUUCAGGUUAUAUAAAUGUAGAAAACACUCUGCUUUAGCGUAAUUUACCAUCAUGUACAAAAUUGCAAAGACUGUACCAGUUCUUUCCUGUAUGGACUGUUUUGUUACUGCUCUGAUACAUAUUUAUUUCCAGAGCUGUUUCCUAAAAAUUCUUUAACUGUUUUUUUAAGAACAAAUGUAUAAGCAUAUAGUAAAUCUGUAUAAAUUAAUAAUGUUUUAUAUUUAUUUAUAUUUAAGUUCACUGUUAUCACAGUAAAUAGAACUAUAUGAACUAAUGUCAUAUCUGUCAACAUUCAGUUGGGCAGUAGAUUUUUAUAGUUCUGGGUUCUGAACGCUUGAAGUAAUACAUUCUCAUUAUUUAAGAAGUUAAUCCUAAGAUGCAUAUUUUUUUCCCCCUUUAAUAUCUCUGAAAUUGGGAUGUGUCUCAGUAUUUCCCAGGUGGCUGUCAUGGAGUCGUUGUCUGUGUGUACACAAAGUUAGUCAUGGUUCUUUAUCUUGCCAUCGCCUCAGUUGGGCUACGUAUAAUAGUACCACAUGUGUUUGUUAUUUAAAAUAUCUUUACAAAUAUACUCUGUUUUUCAGUAUUUAACCACAGAGGCAUUGAUUACGUAGAGAGGCACAGAAACAUAGCAGAGCAUAAAUUUAAUAUUAGUGAAGCAAAUAUUUGUUGAAGAAAUGACAGCAAUUCCACAUUUACUUACAGAGCAACAAUCAAGUGCUUUAUGGACCAAACAGAGUACCUCAAGGCAGAAGAAAUUGUCAGAUCCUUUGGAAUAAGACUAAGUCUAAAAACCUUUAAAAAGGUCAUUUCGUUCAUUAUAAAAUAAAAAUGUGAAGUGGUAUAGUGCCAUAGUUUAAUUGACGGCAUUUUUUUUUCUUCAUGUUAUAUCAGGAUUCUGACACUUCAUGACAUGUCAUUAUCUAGAGCAAUAAUGAACAUUGACCUGUUUCGGAUUAGUUGAUGACCUUUGGAAAUGAUCCAAUUGUAUCUACUGCAGAGAAGCUGAAUAUACUUCAUUUGGAGUGAACAGCUCAGAUCGUCACUGGAUUUUUCAAGAUGACAGAUCCAAUGAUGGACUUUUUUGAUGAUGCCAAUCUUUUUGGUGAGACCUUAGAAGGUUUGUCAGAUGAUGCAUUUGUACAGCCAGGACCUGUUUCACUAGUCGAUGAAUUGAACCUGGGUGCAGAAUUUGAACCUUUGCACAUAGACUCACUCAACCAUGUUCAAGGUACUCCAACACAUCAGAAGAUAACUGAUUAUGAGCAGUUAAAUCAGUUUGAUUCAAUGAAAUUUCACCAGGUCAAUCAGCCUUUUGGUAGCCCAGCUGAACACGUGUUAUCUCCACACUCUCAGUUUAAUUGUUCUCCAAUCCAUCCCCCAAACCAACCCAAUGGUUUGUUUCCAGAUGUAGCAGAUGGCAGUCCAAUGUGGGGCCAUCAGACAGCUACCAGCAUUUCAAAUCAAAAUGGGUCUCCUUUCCACCAACAAGGACACUCUCACCCUAUGCAUCCAAAUAAAAGCUUUGUGGUACACCAUGACUUUGCCUUAUUUCAGGCCAGUGAACAACAAACACAGUGCACUUCACUACGCUCACAACAAAACAGGAACAGUCUUAACCCAGGGCAAAAUUCUCUUAGCCAGUCUAAAAAUUUUAUGGAUGUUAAUGUUUCUGGUCCACACAGAGUCAGUGUUAGCCACCCAUCACAAAUUACGAAUGCAUCUACGUCGCAACAGUCUCUUUCAAUGCAGCAAUUUUCUCAAACAUCAAAUCCUUCAGUACACUUCCUCAAGUGUAGCAAUCACCAAGAAGGGAAUUUUAAUGGACCUUCUCCAAAUAUGACUUCUUGUUCUGUCAGUAAUUCACAGCAGUUUUCUUCACAUUAUUCCUUUUCCAGUAAUCACGUCUCACCCAACAGUCUUCUGCAGUCCUCUGCUGUUCUUGCACCUAAUCAUACAAAUCAGGCUUUAUCAGAUUUUACUGGAAGUAAUUCCUUUUCACCUCAUAGGGGAAUCAAGCAAGACUCCACUCAGCAUAUGCUAAAUCCCAAUACAUCGUUGAAUUCAAGUAAUUUCCAAAUGUUGCAUUCAUCACAUCCUCAGGGUAAUUAUAGCAAUUCAAAAUUAUCUCCUGUGCACAUGAACUUCCCAGAUCCUGUUGACUCAGGAACUCAAAUGGGCCAUUUCAAUGAUCACGUAGAAACUAAUGGCUUUUCAUCUUUAGAAGAGAAUUUACUUCAUCAAGUAGAGUCUCAAACUGAGCCAUUCACGGGACUUGACCCAGAAGACCUCCUGCAGGAGGGUCUCCUUCCCCAGUUUGAUGAGGCAACAUUUGGACAGGAUCAUUCAAGUCAUGUUUUAGAUCAUGACCUUGAACGGCAGUUUACUUCACAUCUGGUAACUCGGCCUUCAGAGAUGGCUCAAACUCAGUUGCACAGUCCAGCUCGCAGUUGGCAUUCAUCACUUUCGAAUCAUCAGCAUUUACAUGACAGAAAUCGCCUAUAUUUACAGCGACAGCCUCCAUCUUCCAAGAAGAGUGACGGUUCUGGGACAUACACUAAGUUGCAGAAUACCCAGGUGAGGAUCAUGUCUGAGAAGAAACAGAGAAAAAAGGUGGAAUCAGAAAGCAAGCAAGAAAAGGCUAAUCGGAUAAUAUCAGAGGCCAUAGCAAAAGCAAAGGAGCGUGGGGAACGCAAUAUUCCACGAGUAAUGAGUCCUGAGAACUUUCCUAGUGCUUCAGUUGAAGGAAAAGAGGAAAAGAAAGGUAGACGGAUGAAAUCCAAGCCAAAGGACAAAGAGAGCAAAAAAACAAAAACUUGUUCAAAGUUGAAAGAGAAGACAAAAAUUGGCAAACUCAUUAUUACGUUGGGUAAGAAACAAAAAAGAAAGAAUGAGUCUUCAGAUGAAAUAUCUGAUACAGAGCAGAUGCCACGGCACACACUCAAAGAGGAAGACCCUCAAAAAAGAAGAUCAAAUCGUCAAAUUAAAAGAAAAAAAUAUGCGGAAGAUGCAGAAGGGAAACAAUCUGAAGAAGAGCUCAAAGGUUCUAUGAAAAUAAAAAAGAAUUCAGCUCCUUUACCUGGUGAACAGCCUUUACAGUUAUUUGUGGAGAAUCCAAGUGAAGAAGAUGCUGCAAUCGUGGAUAAAAUCCUGUCUUCUAGAAUUACAAAAAAGGAAGUAUCACCUGGAGUGAUGAUUGAUACAGAAGAAUUUUUUGUAAAAUACAAGAAUUACUCCUAUCUUCACUGUGAGUGGGCCACAGAACAGCAGCUUUUGAAAGAUAAAAGGAUCCAGCAGAAAAUCAAACGAUUCAAACUGAGACAAGCACAAAGAGCACAUUUUUUUGCAGACAUGGAAGAGGAACCAUUUAACCCAGACUACGUUGAAGUAGACAGAGUGUUAGAAGUCUCUUUUUGUGAAGAUAAAGACACUGGUGAGCCUGUUAUUUACUACUUAGUAAAGUGGUGCUCAUUACCGUAUGAAGAUAGUACUUGGGAACUAAAAGAAGAUGUAGAUCUUGCAAAAAUAGAAGAGUUUGAACAGUUACAAGCUUCAAGGCCUGACACAAGACAUUUGGAUCGUCCUCCCGCUAAUAUUUGGAAAAAAAUUGAUCAAUCCAGGGACUAUAAAAAUGGCAAUCAACUCAGGGAAUAUCAACUGGAAGGACUCAACUGGCUCUUAUUCAAUUGGUACAAUAGACGAAACUGCAUUUUAGCCGAUGAAAUGGGUCUUGGCAAAACCAUUCAGUCAAUUACAUUCCUCUACGAAAUCCUUCUGACUGGUAUAAGAGGACCUUUCCUGAUUAUCGCUCCACUUUCUACUAUUGCAAACUGGGAGAGAGAAUUCCGUACAUGGACUGAUAUUAAUGUUGUGGUUUACCAUGGGAGCCUGAUUAGCAGACAGAUGAUACAGCAAUAUGAGAUGUACUUCAGGGACUCACAGGGGCGUAUCAUUCGAGGAGCUUACAGAUUCCAAGCCAUCAUCACCACUUUUGAAAUGAUUCUUGGUGGCUGUGGAGAGCUAAAUGCAAUUGAAUGGCGAUGUGUGAUUAUUGAUGAAGCACAUAGGUUAAAGAAUAAAAAUUGUAAACUUCUUGAAGGUCUGAAACUCAUGAAUCUGGAACACAAGGUGCUUUUGACUGGUACACCUCUCCAAAAUACAGUUGAAGAACUAUUCAGUCUUCUUCACUUCCUAGAACCUUUAAGGUUUCCUUCCGAAUCAACAUUUAUGCAAGAAUUUGGGGAUCUGAAAACAGAAGAACAGGUGCAAAAACUUCAGGCUAUCCUGAAACCCAUGAUGUUGAGGCGAUUGAAAGAAGAUGUGGAGAAGAAGCUGGCACCAAAGGAAGAAACCAUCAUUGAAGUGGAACUUACUAACAUUCAAAAGAAAUACUACCGGGCUAUUUUGGAGAAGAACUUCUCCUUUUUAUCCAAAGGGGCAGGGCAGACCAAUGUACCUAACUUGGUCAAUACCAUGAUGGAGCUCAGGAAGUGCUGCAAUCAUCCGUAUCUUAUCAAAGGUGCUGAAGAGAAAAUACUUGGAGAAUUUAGGGAUACGUAUAAUCCAGCUGCUUCUGAUUUUCAUCUUCAAGCAAUGAUCCAGUCUGCUGGUAAACUGGUCCUUAUUGAUAAAUUGCUUCCCAAAAUGAAAGCUGGAGGUCAUAAAGUGCUCAUCUUCUCUCAGAUGGUACGCUGCCUUGACAUUCUAGAGGACUAUCUCAUUCAUAAAAGAUAUUUAUAUGAACGAAUUGAUGGAAGAGUCAGAGGGAACCUGCGACAAGCUGCUAUAGAUCGAUUUAGUAAACCUGAUUCAGAUCGAUUUGUUUUCCUUCUGUGCACCCGAGCUGGUGGGUUGGGCAUCAACUUAACUGCUGCUGAUACAUGUAUAAUUUUUGAUUCUGAUUGGAACCCUCAGAAUGACCUGCAGGCCCAAGCUCGUUGCCACAGAAUCGGUCAGAAUAAAGCAGUUAAAGUCUACCGACUAGUAACUCGUAACUCCUAUGAGAGAGAGAUGUUUGACCGAGCCAGUCUGAAACUGGGUCUAGAUAAGGCUGUGUUACAGAGCAUGAGUGGAAGAGAAAGUAAUGUUGGUGGUAUUCAACAGCUUUCCAAAAAGGAAAUAGAAGAUCUGCUUCGAAGAGGUGCAUAUGGUGCUAUUAUGGAGGAAGAAGAUGAAGGCUCUAAAUUCUGUGAGGAGGAUAUCGAUCAGAUUUUACUACGUCGUACAAAAACUAUCACAAUUGAGUCAGAAGGACGUGGGUCAACAUUUGCCAAGGCAAGUUUUGUGGCAUCUGGAAAUCGGACAGAUAUUUCCUUAGAUGAUCCUAACUUCUGGCAGAAAUGGGCUAAAAAGGCAGAAAUAGAUAUAGAUGCCAUCAGUGGCAGAAACAGCUUGGUUAUUGACACUCCAAGAAUUAGGAAGCAAACAAGACCCUUUAGUGCCACAAAAGAUGAGUUGGCGGAAUUAUCUGAAGCCGAAAGUGAAGGGGAUGAAAAGCCCAAACUCCGGAGACCCUGUGAUCGUUCCAAUGGCUAUGGAAGAACUGAAUGCUUUAGAGUAGAGAAAAAUCUUCUAGUUUAUGGAUGGGGCCGAUGGAGAGAGAUUCUGUCUCAUGGUCGUUUUAAAAGGCAGCUGAAUGAGCAUGAUGUAGAAAUAAUUUGCCGAGCCCUCUUAGCUUAUUGCCUUGUUCACUACCGAGGAGAUGAGAAAAUUAAAGGCUUCAUAUGGGAUCUCAUUACUCCAACUGAAGAUGGGCAGACACGAGAGCUACAAAAUCAUCUGGGCCUGUCAGCCCCAGUACCCAGGGGUCGAAAAGGGAAGAAAGUAAAGACUCAAACAAGCUCAUUUGAUAUACAGAAAGCAGAAUGGCUUCGAAAAUAUAAUCCUGAGCAGCUACUUCAAGAUGAAGGAUACAAAAAACAUAUAAAACACCACUGUAAUAAGGUUUUGCUUCGUGUAAGAAUGCUGUAUUAUCUAAAGCAAGAAGUCAUUGGAAAUGAGUGUCAGAAAGUAUUUGAUGGAGUUGAUGCAAGUGACAUUGAUGUUUGGGUCCCAGAACCAGACCACUCAGAAGUUCCUGCUGAAUGGUGGGAUUUUGACGCUGAUAAGUCCCUUCUUAUCGGAGUUUUUAAACAUGGUUAUGAAAAAUAUAACACUAUCCGAGCAGACCCAGCAUUAUGCUUCUUGGAAAGAGUGGGAAAACCUGAUGAGAAAGCAGUUGCUGCAGAACAGAGGGCAAAUGAUUAUAUGGAUGGGGAUGUGGAAGAUCCAGAAUACAAACCUGCCCCAGCUAUCUUUAAAGAUGAUAUGGAGGAUGAUGUUUCUUCACCAGGAGAUCUUGUUAUAGCAGAUGGAGAUGGUCAGCUGAUGGAGGGUGAUAAAAUUUAUUGGCCAACUCAAUCAGCUUUAACCACACGUUUGAGGCGUCUCAUCACUGCAUAUCAGCGUACUAAUAAAAACAGACAAAUCCAACAGAUACAGCCCACGUUCUCAGUGCCUGCCAGUGUCAUGCAGCCUCUUUAUGAAGAAGCCACUCUUAAUCCUAAAAUGGCAGCCAAGAUAGAAAGACAGCAGAGAUGGACAAGAAGAGAAGAAGCUGACUUUUAUAGAGUUGUGUCCACAUUUGGAGUGGUAUUUGAUCCUGACAGAGGCCAAUUUGACUGGACAAAAUUUAGAGCUAUGGCUAGGCUGCAUAAGAAAACUGAUGAUAGUUUGGAGAAGUAUUUGUAUGCAUUCAUGUCUAUGUGUCGGAGGGUUUGUCGUCUUCCUUCCAAAGAAGAAUUGGUGGAUCCAAAUAUUUUUAUCCAGCCAAUCACAGAAGAACGUGCUUCAAGGACUUUGUAUCGCAUUGAACUUCUAAGGAAAGUACGGGAACAGGCCCUCCGACAUCCACAAUUGUUUGAACGCUUGAAGCUUUGCCAUCCAAAUCCAGACCUACCAGUCUGGUGGGAAUGUGGCCCUCAUGAUAGGGACUUGCUCAUUGGAGCUGCGAAACAUGGGGUGAGCCGAACAGACUAUCACAUUCUUCGUGAUCCUGAACUCUCCUUUAUGGCAGCUCAAAGGAACUACAGUCAAAGUAAGAUGGCUCCUUCAAGGACUUCUACCCCACUUUUACAGCAAUAUCAAGUAGCACUUUCUGCUUCUCCUCUUACCUCUCUACCUAGGCUCCUAGAUGCUAAAGGUAUUAUUCUAGAGGAUAUGAAAGUUAAAAGUGAAAAUCUUAAAGAGGAGCCUCAGUCUUCUGAAGAAGAAUCUAUGUCUUCUGAGGAAACCAGGACACUAAUAAAGUCUGAGCCUGUAAGUCCAAAGAAUGGUGUUUUACCGCAGGCCACUGGAGACCAGAAAUCUGGUGGAAAAGGUGAAACAGACAGACGCAUGGUUGCAGCCAGAACAGAACCCCUAACUCCAAACCCAGCUUCUAAGAAACAGCGAGUCCACAAAAGAGGAUCCGAAUCUAGUUCUGAGUCUGACUCUGAUUCUGAGAGAUCAUCCUGUUCUUCCAGAUCAUCUUCUUCCUCGUCUUCCUCCUCCUCUUGUUCCGACUCUCGAUCAGGCUCUAGUUCCUCUUCAUCCUCCUCCUGUUCUUCAGCAUCGUCUUCAUCCUCAUCCUCAUCCUCUUCCUCAUCAUCCUCCUCCUCAUCUUCAUCAGAAGAAAGUGACAGUGAAGAAGAAGAAGUCCCAAAGCGAGCAGAAGGUACCCCUCACGUGAAAGCCUACGAUGAAGAAAGUGUUGCGUCACUGAGCACUACCCAGGAUGAGACCCAAGAUAGCUUCCAGAUGAACAAUGGGACACCAGAGUCUGCUUAUAUCUUACAAGGAGGAUACAUGCUAGCAGCCUCAUAUUGGCCAAAGGAUCGUGUGAUGAUCAACCGGCUGGACAGUAUUUGUCAAACAGUUCUGAAAGGGAAGUGGCCUUCAGCUAGAAGAAGUUAUGAUGCCAACACAGUGGCCUCUUUCUAUACCACAAAACUGCUGGACAGCCCUGGCGCGGCUACAGAAUAUAGCGAACCCAGUGUACCCACACCCCCAGGCGCCGGUGUUAAAGAAGAACACGAUCAGUCAACACAGAUGUCAAAGGUGAAGAAGCAUGUACGAGAAAAGGAGUUUACAGUGAAAAUCAAAGACGAAGGUGGUUUGAAGUUGACAUUUCAGAAGCAAGGGCUUGCUCAGAAAAGACCGUUCGACAGCGAAGACAGUGCCCUGGGGCAGCAACAGUACCUUGCUCGGCUUCGGGAACUGCAGAGUGCGUCGGAGACCAGCCUCGCCACCUUUCCCAAAUCCGUGCCAGUAUCAGGUACUUCCAUUCAGUCAACCCUUGGUGCCAAUGGAGUUAGAUUAGACAACCAGCCUAUAGUCAAAAAAAGGCGGGGAAGGAGGAAGAAUGUAGAAGGUGUUGACAUCCUCUUUUUUAACAGAAAUAAACCACCUAAUCAUGUAACUGUAGGCCUAACCAGCUCCCAGAUUUCUACAGGGAUAAAUCCAGCACUGUCCUACACUCAGCCUCAAGGAAUUCCGGAUACAGAAAGUCCGGUUCCGGUUAUUAACCUGAAAGAUGGGACAAGACUUGCAGGCGAUGAUGCGCCAAAGAGAAAGGAUUUGGAAAAAUGGCUUAAGGAGCACCCAGGUUAUGUGGAAGAUUUAGGAGCUUUUAUUCCUAGAAUGCAGCUCCAUGAGGGGAGGCCCAAACAAAAGAGGCAUCGGUGCAGAAACCCUAAUAAACUCGAUGUUAAUAGUCUUACUGGAGAAGAACGUGUUCAGCUGAUUAACAGAAGAAAUGCCAGAAAGGUUGGAGGUGCAUUUGCUCCCCCUUUAAAAGAUUUAUGUCGAUUCCUGAAAGAAAAUUCAGAAUAUGGAGUGGCUCCUGAAUGGGGAGAUGUUGUUAAGCAGUCUGGGUUUCUUCCAGAAAGUAUGUAUGAGCGCAUUCUCACUGGUCCUGUUGUGAGAGAGGAGGUCAGCAGGCGGGGGCGGCGGCCCAAAAGUGGAAUUGCGAAGGCCACGGCAGCGGCCACAGCUACAACUGCCAGCGGUGUUUCAGGCAAUCCUUUGUCGGCCAAUGGAUUACUUCCAGGUGUGGAUCUCACAACUCUUCAGGCCUUACAGCAAAACCUACAAAACUUGCAGUCACUGCAAGUGACUGCAGGGCUGAUGGGAAUGCCUGCUGGCCUUUCUUCUGGAGGAGAAGCUAAAAACGUGGCUGCCAUGUUCCCCAUGCUGCUGUCAGGAAUGACUGGAUUACCAAAUCUGUUGGGCAUGGGAGGGCUCCUGACAAAGCCUACCGAAUCUGGAACAGAGGAAAAAAAGGGAAAUGACCCUAAGGAGCUAGAAGGAAAAAAAGAAAGGACAGAGAGUCAAAAUUCAGAGAAUGGGGGAGAAAACUCUGUGUCAAGUUCUCCUUCGACAUCGUCUACUGCUGCAUUAAAUACAGCUGCAGCUGCCAACCCGUUAGCUCUUAACCCACUCCUACUCUCCAAUAUACUUUAUCCAGGGAUGCUUCUCACUCCAGGCCUUAAUCUUCAUAUUCCAACUUUGUCCCAGUCCAAUACUUUUGAUGUACAGAAAAACAAAAACAGUGACUUAGGCUCAUCUAAGUCCAUAGAAGUCAAGGAGGAGGAUUCCAGAGUUAGAGAUCAGGAAGACAAAGGAGGAACUGAACCCAGUCCUCUCAAUGAAAACAGCACAGAUGAGGGUUCAGAGAAAGCCGAUGCUUCAUCUGGAUCUGAUAGUACAUCGUCAUCAUCCGAGGAUUCAGAUUCUAGUAAUGAAGACUGAUUCCCAGACUGCACUUAAAUUAUGAACUGAUUUUGGAUUUUUUUCUUUAAUUAUUAAUUGUAAAUACCCCAGUGUUGAGUGCAUCAAUAACUUACUGACCGAACAUUUCAGUUCUUUGUUUAGAAGUGCAAACUGCUUUCAGAGACGUUUUGCAUGUAAUAUUUCUUAAAAUUCCUAAGUUUCUGAACUCGUAUGUACUAUCAAAUACAUAAAGGUGUAAAAUUGCAACAAAAGGCAUUAUAAUUUUGUUGGGGGUUAAUUUUAUGAAAAUGAUACUCAAUAAGAGUUGUAUAUUUAAUAUAUUUGCAGUGAACACAGAAUACUUUAUGCAUAUUACUGAUUUAAUUUGAAUAUAGUUUUACAGCCUCCUUGACACCUAUAAUUUACAGAUCAAAACUCAGCAAUAAUUUGGGCAGCUAAUGAAUGUCAUGAAAGCUGUAGAAUCUACAUCGCCAUCCAUUGCUUUAAUUACAUGAAAAUGCUCUAGUGUUGUGACGCACUGCUGAUGCUUCCAAUUCAGGUACAAGUGUGUUUUCAAGAAGAAAUAAGUUUCCCAAUCAGCCAAUUUAACUGGCUACCUGUUACCUCAGCUGAGUUAGUUUAGGAAGUUUACAUUCGUUUCUAAUUCUAUACUUGUUUUCAGGGGUUUUUUAAACACAUCCUAUAUAUCAUGUUAAUCUGGCAAGAACUGUGACUUGCUUUUUGCUGAGCUUAACUCUGCUGUCGGUAAAAUCAAGUCAUAAAAUAAUCCUGUGUCACGUGACUUUGGCACCCUCUAGACAUACUUAGUUUCACUUUUUCCAAGUUUGGCCUCCUCUUAGAAAUAAUUAUGUCUCAGAUGAGUAAUGUCUGUUUCCAGGGUUCAGAAAAGGCAAACUCAUGAAAUGCCACUGAAAAGAACUUUCAACACAGCAUACUUCAUGUAAAAGAAAUUGUUUGUUUGCUUUAUUUGUGUAGAUUUCUAUUUGUGUUUUAUGUCAUGGAAAUAUUCCAGAAUUAACAGAGGAUAGUGGUAAAGUAAUAUGCAGAACAGUCUGAAUUCAUUUUGAGUUUCUAGGUAGAAGCAGAUGAAAUGUUGCCCAGAAUCAGUGUUGGGUUAUCAGUUUAUAUUAAAUAUACUGAGUUGGCCCAUUUUGAAUAUGCACUUUGAAUAAUCUCAAAAAAUAUAUACAAGUUAUACCUGUAAACCACAAAAACGAAGCCCAAGGCUUCUGAUCAAUUUCUUAGAACCCUUUAUCAUGCAAAAUCUGUCUGAUAUUUGAUUUGUGAUACAGUUUCUCCUGCUAAAGCUGCUAUUCCGACAAGAUGGAGAGGUCCAGUUUCACUUUCAUAUACAUUUAAAACAAUUAGAACUGAAUUGGAGUAAAAUAUCAUGUACAUCCUAAGGAGAGAAAGAUGUUAGCAUUUUCUGGUACUUGAAUAAGUCAGUGAUAAAGUUUGCGAGGGGAUAAAUUUAGGGGGAAAAAGUACCCCACUUCUCUCCCAGAGGAAAAAAAUAACUUUCAGUGCGUUUUGAUAAAACUCUGUUGUUCUGUCAUGAACCCAGCAAUUAUAUUGGAUUUUCCAAGAUCUUUACCAGUAAAUUGUUUCUGUGUGUAAAAUAACUAACCCCUUAUUAGAGCGACAGUGUUACAUGUAUUUACAAAAUCAUAUAACUUCCAUUGGGAUUGUAUUGAUUUUUGUAUUUUCCCCAAAAUAGUGCUUUGAAUUGAUAGUCCUUUAUGCAAUGUCUUAGCAAUAGUCACUCUAAUGCCCAUCCAGGAGAAGUGGGUAGUAAUUCUUCAUCAUGAAAAUGAUAUAUUACAUAUUUAGUAUGUUCCCUUUGCAGUAUUGCACUUUUGUUUAACUAGAAUACACCUAUGAGAUAGCCAAAGUUUCUCAAACACAGUUAACCUGGUUUGCCGGUGAAAGUAUUUCAACAGCAUCCACAUUUCCCCCUGUCUCCCUCUAGUUCUACCCACAUGAUCUUUAUUCCUUUCUUUCCCCAAUUAAAAAAUAAAAGGAAAAAAAAAAAAAGCCCUAGAUCUUAUCACUAAAAAUCUAAUUUAUAUCAAAUUUAUGAGAUAAAGUAUUUUCCUAAUUACGGUCAAAUGAAUUUGGUUAACAUCUUAGUGAUUCUCUUUCUAUGUAAUAAGGCAAUUUGCAGUUUUCAAAGCAUUAAUACUAACUUUAAAUGUUCUCUUGGGUUUCAAGACACUUCUACUUAGUAUUGAUUGGGGAAAAAUCGUCCAGCUAUCAGCUUAAAAAAAAAUGCAUAAAUAUGGUUGUGUAAAGUUAAGGGUUAUAAGGAAAAAAAAAAAAUCAGUAGAAUUCCAUAAUACUAAAGUUGCAGUUGAAAGGAUAUCCAAGUAUGUGUUGGUAGUUACUAAAAGAAUUAUAGCUGUUAUUGCCUUGUAUUUAUAGCUCUUGUUUCAGGUUUCAUGAUUCAAGUCUUAGUCUAAUUUUUCUUUUGGACAUUUGCAAUAUUUACCAGUUGUGUUUUGUGUAGUCUGAAUUUGCUUUCUGUAGUUGAGCAAACGUCUUAAAAAGUCAUUUGUAAUUUAUUAAAUUACUUUCUAUGAUGUUCUAUAGAGCAAAUGGAAGUUUAAUUAUUUUUUAUUAAACAUAUUCUUUGACUACC